GAGAUACCUGUGGUUGUGCUUACCAACAAUAUUUUGCCGUUUCUUACUGAUUGUAACGUUUUGUUUAAGCUUUAUCAACACAACAUUUAUAUUAUUUUAAAUUAAAAUUCUUACGCCUGUCUUGAAUGUCUAACGUAUUUUAUUUAAUUAAUAAAGUAUUGACUUAUAAGCCACUUGACAGUUUUUCAGUAUCGUGCAGUGCUGUGGACACGGACAGUUGUAUUUUUUAUUUAAAUGCUACCGCUUUCACUAGCAUCUUAGUACCUAGCAGUCGAGGCAAUUUUAAAUUUCAUCCGUGUUCAGUAAUUAAUACUAAAGGCAAUAUUAACUGUUUCAAAACUAAUUAAUUAAAUCUAGAAUUAGAUCCAUCAUCAACUUUCAUUAUGAAUCUGGAGUUGCUUGAAUCGUUUGGACAAAAUUAUCCUGAGGAAUUUGAUGGAGUUCUUGAUAGUAUAUCAUUAGCUGUCACAUGUGUGUUUAACAAAUAUGGCACACUCUUGGCAGUUGGAUGCAAUGAUGGCCGUAUAGUAAUUUGGGAUUUCUUAACUAGAGGAAUUGCAAAAAUUAUCACUGCACACAUGCAUCCUGUUUGUUCCUUGAGUUGGUCUAGAAAUGGUCAAAAGUUAUUAAGUGCAUCCACUGACAAUAAUGUUUGCACUUGGAAUAUAUUAAGUGGCGAGAGAGAAGAAAUGUAUAAAUUUCCUUCACCAGUAUUAAAAGUCCAAUAUCACCCUAGAAAGAAAAAUUUAUUCCUCGUUUGUCCAAUGAAACACGCAGCUGUGCUUGUAGAUACAGAUGGCAACCAUAAAUUAGUUCCAAUGGGUGAAGAUUCUGAUCUAAUGAUAGUUGCUUCAUUUGAUCGCCGUGGAGAGUACAUUUAUACUGGAAAUGCGCGUGGUAAAAUAUUAGUUUUGACUUGUCCAGAUCUUGAACUUAAGGUCUCAUUCAAAGUAUCCACUGGAAUGACUGGUAUAAAAAGUAUUGAAUUUGCACGAAAAGGAGAUUGCUUUUUACUCAAUUGCUCAGAUCGUGUCAUCAGAGUAUAUGAUGCUAAACAUGUUUUGGAUAAAGGAAAGGAGGGAGAACCAGAACCCAUUCAAAAACUUCAAGAUUUAGUCAACAAAACUAUGUGGAAGAAAUGUUGUUUUUCUGGCGAUGGUGAAUAUGUUUGUGCCGGUUCGGCUAGGCAACAUGCAUUGUAUAUUUGGGAAAAAAGUAUUGGAAAUUUGGUGAAAAUAUUACAUGGUACCAAAGGAGAACUUCUUUUGGAUGUUGUUUGGCAUCCAGUUCGAGCAAUAAUAACCAGCAUAUCCAGUGGUUUAGUAUCUGUGUGGGCACAAAAUCAAGUAGAAAAUUGGUCAGCAUUUGCACCUGACUUUAAAGAGCUUGAUGAAAAUGUAGAGUAUGAAGAAAGAGAGUCUGAGUUUGACUUGGAAGAUGAAGACAAAUCCAUUACAAAAGAUGUACAACGAAGUGAUGAAGAUUUUGAGGUUGAUGUGGAAAAUGCAGAACCUGUAGCAGCAUUUUGUAGUUCAGAUGAAGAAGGAGCUAUCGAAGACCACAAGGAAGCACUUAUGUUUUUGCCGAUUGCUCCAGAAAUUGAAGAUCCUGAGCCAGAUAUGCCACCACCUCCAGUUUCAACAUCUACUUCAUCCAAAUGCCGUACAAUUGAUAUUCAUUUAGAUAAUGUUACUGACGAAGUGCACCCAUUGUUAAGUAAUAAGACUAAGGAUAAACAACUCACUGGAGGAAAAAGAGGACCAAAACAACAAUAACUAUUUCCUAAUAUUUUUAUAAUGUAUAUUGUAUAAUUGUAUGUACAUAUUUUAUUGUAUAGAAUUUAAAAUAUAAAUUUAUUAUUUCAAUAUAAAAAUAAAGAUUUUCUAUAUUGUA